UCUAACCACAGAAGGCGGGGCUUAUUGUCCAACAUGGCGGUGUAGAUGUGGUUCUUUGGCCUGUAGGGAGAAAAACGCUGUGAGAGCUCAUUUCCCCACUUAUUUUGUUUUGUUCUCGUGAACUUGGUGAAAAAAACACUCGUGCCCGAGAUCGAACAAAAUGGACAUGAAGAAGAAGGUCAACUUGGAGCUGAGGGACAGAAGUCCAGCUGAGGUGUCUAUGCUGAUGGUGGACGGGUGUCUUUCAAGCGAUGGUGAGGUCCAAGGAGUGACUGAGGAGUUUAAAGGUCUGGAGGUUCUCAAGAUGAUCAAUGUGGGCCUCACAUCGCUCUCCAAACUACCAUCACUCCCCAAACUACACAAGCUGGAUGUAGGCGAUAACGCCAUCAGUGGUGGUUUGGAGUCACUGGCGGAGAAAUGUCCCAAUUUGACUGACAUCAACCUGAGUGGAAACAAGAUUAAGGAGUUGGGCGCUAUCGAGGCUAUGAAAAAUCUGAAGAACCUGAAGACGUUGGACUUGUUCGGUUGCGAGGUGACCAAGCUGGAUCACUAUAGGGACGACGUCUUCCGCCUGCUGCCUCACAUCACGUACUUGGAUCGCUUUGAUCGCCACAACAACGAGGCAUCUGACUCAGAUUACGACCAGCAUGAUGAUGCCGAUGAUGUCUCGGAGGAAGAUGAGGAAGAAGUGGGGCUGUCCUACCUGAUGAAGGACGGAAUCCAGGACGAGGAAGACGACGGUGACUACGUUGAGGAAGAAGAUUAUGAGGAGGAUGAAGAAGAUUAUGACGAAGACGCGGUCCAAGGGGAGAAAAGGAAGAGAGAUGACGAUGAUGACGGAGAUGAUGAUGAUGAAUAGUUGACGACCCCGCCCACCAUUUGGUGGCUCCGCCUGCUCAGAGGAACAGUGAUCAGCUGGUCCUGGUCUGUGUGGGUCCUGGUCUGUACAUAGGACUUUGAAACUUUGUCCAGUGAAUUUUUUAAAAUGUUAGUUUUAUGGCAGCACCGUGUGAGCACGUUAACAUUGUUUUGGAAUAAAAGCGAAAGAAUAAA